CUAACUUCGAUCCCAAAAUAGCGUAGCUGCGGGGGGAGGGGUGGUGUUUAGGGCUGCGUGUCCCCACCCCGCCUCUGUGCUCCUCGCCGGACCGCAGGGGCAGGAGAAAGCUCCCUGGCGGCAGCCCAGUUCCCGUGGUGCUAAUUGUCCUUGAACUGGAGACGAGCGCAUUCUCGGGGGUGUCACUUGUCGCCAGCCCGUCUCCCUCUGCCGCUGCACCUGUUUCAGAUCUGUCACACAGGCCAUCCUGUUUUCUCCUUUUCAAGAGGCAGCUUACCCGCUGAUGGUGUAACUGGACGCGUCUUCCUUGGGGUCCUGCGGAGCCCAAGGCCGGGCAACGCCUCCUGCUCAGAGUGGAGUUUUGCCUGGGAAGCUGCUCGCGCUGGGUCAGGGGAGGGAAGGCGGGGAUGGACUUACCACUUAGAAGAAAAGACGUCUGGAUCAUAGGCAGCGCGUGCCUUCUCUCGUCUCCCAUCCUCUGGCGUGUGCUCCGGUCCGUGAUGACACGGGGAGGUCGCAGACAGGCGCCUGCCCUUGAGGACACGCAGGCUAAGGAGCAGGUGUGCUCACACCCUGGCCUGAAGGAAACAGCACCAGCCAAAGGCAAAAGGACAGCGCCUCCCACAGACGAGGCCUGGGCACCGCCUGCGCCGUUUGAUCACCGCAUCGUGACAGCCAGGCAGGCCGCGGUCAACAGCUUCUACACCGUGAGCAGAACCGAAAUCUUAGGAGGGGGGCGCUUUGGCCAGGUUCACAAGUGUGAGGAGAAAGCCACAGGUCUGAAACUGGCAGCCAAGAUCAUCAAGACGAGAGGCAUGAAGGACAAGGAUGACGCGAAGAACGAGAUCAACGUCAUGAACCAGCUGGACCACGCGAACCUCGUUCAGCUCUACGACGCCUUCGAGUCUAAGAACGACAUCGUCCUGGUCAUGGAGUAUGUGGACGGAGGGGAGCUCUUCGACCGCAUCAUUGAUGACAACUGCAAUCUGACCGAGCUUGAUGCCAUCCUGUUCAUCAGGCAGAUAUGUGAGGGGAUAAGACACAUGCAUCAGAUGUACAUCCUCCACUUAGACCUGAAGCCUGAGAACAUCCUGUGUGUGAAUCGGGAUACUAAACAAAUAAAAAUUAUUGACUUUGGAUUGGCCAGAAGAUACAAACCCAGAGAGAAGCUGAAGGUGAGCUUCGGAACGCCAGAAUUCCUCGCCCCGGAAGUUGUGAACUAUGAUUUUGUUUCCUUUCCCACGGACAUGUGGAGCGUAGGAGUCAUCACUUACAUGCUACUCAGCGGUCUGUCCCCCUUCCUGGGAGACCACGACGCCGAGACCCUGAACAACAUCCUGGCCUGCAGGUGGGAUCUGGAGGAUGAAGAAUUUCAGGACAUCUCGGAGGAAGCCCGGGGGUUCAUCUCCAAGCUUCUGAUCAAGGAGAAGAGUUGGAGAAUAAGUGCAAGUGAAGCUCUCAAGCACCCUUGGCUGUCGGAUCACAAGCUCCACUCCAGGCUCAGCGCACAGACGAGGAAGAAUUGCUGCUCUGACGCCCAGGACCUGGUGGCCAAAUAGUCCUCGGAGGGCACCCUCUUGAAAGGAAAACUGCUGCGGUUGCUGCUGCUUUGAGAAGAUUUUUGGAAAAAUCAGCAGUUCUGAUGCCUUGACCCCUAAGGAGACUGGUGGCUCUGAGGGAGGGGACGUCGCCACACAGAACUCUGAGGACCUCCGCCAGGCUUGCGGGGCCGGGGGCACCCAGAGCUGAGGCCCAGGGGGCAGGCAAGCCUGCACCCCGCCUCACAGCCCACUCCCUGCAGCAGUGCACACCCCAGAAGACAUUUCCCUGCCAUCCUGAGCUUUAGAACUUUCGAUCUCAGUCACUGGGGCACGGGGUGCAUCAUUUCUGCCAUUUCUCAGAUCCCUAGAGCAAUCAUACUGGAGAUUUAGUUGAGAUUUUAAAACAUGUUGGAUGCAGAGGUUAACUAUCAUAUAUAGAAUGAAUAAACAACAAGGUCCUACUGUAGAGCACAGGGAACUAUAUUCAAUAACCUGUGAUAAACCAUAACAGAAAAGAAUAAGAAAAAGAAUGUAUAUAUAUAUAUAU